AUGACCGUCGUUGUCCAGUGUACGCCGCCGAAUUUGCACACUCGGUCUGCCCACGACCAUCACAACAACAAGGAGCGAAUUGAUGACGCAUUCGAUGCCCAUCUGCAGCAUGUCAGCGAGCACCAGGGUGAUGAUGAUCACGAACUGGAUCACGAGGCCAUUCUGGGUAGUCGACAGAAGGCCGCCGAGUUUGACGGCCUGUCGGCGGAGGAGUCAAAGCGACGACUGAAGGCGCUCGUGGAGAAGGGCGGCAUGGAUGCCAACGGCGAUGGAUUCGUCGACAAGGAGGAGCUCUCCAACUGGGUGCUAAAGUCGUUCAAGAACUUGGCCGUGGAGGAGGGCGAAGAUCGACUGGAGGAGGAUGACGAGGACGACAAUGGACUGGUCUCCUGGGAGGAGUACCUAAAGGGCUCAUUUGACAUUGACGAACUUUCAAAG